AGCACGAGGGGAUUUCAGUGGAUUUCUCCGCGUGGAUCAAGCUGUGGGAUAUCUGCUGUGCCUGACAUGUGUCCGUGACUGCAGGGGACGAGGCCGUAAAUGGUGUCUGGGAUCCAAGUCGGUUUAGAGCGUUUCGUUUCCUGGUCAUGGAAGGUCUAGAACCGGUUACCGAUUAUUUAAGGGAAGUGAACGGACACUUGAAUGAACUUCAGAGCUCCGGUGAAGGAUGCUCUCCUUGCCGUAAGAGCACCCGUUGUUUGAUCCCGCCGGUGUACUGGAAUGAGCUGCUACAGCUUGUUAAACUGGCAGGACCGGUGCUCAUUUCUCAGCUGAUGGUCUACAUGAUCAGUACAGUCAGUAUGGUGUUCUGUGGUCACAUGGGGAGAACUGAGCUUGCAGGAGUGUCACUAGCAGCUGCGGUGGUUAACGUCAGUGGUAUUUCUGUUGGCACUGGUUUAUCAGCAACUUGUGAUACCCUGAUAUCUCAGACGUAUGGGAGCGGUAACUUGAAGCGAGUCGGUGUGAUUCUCCAGAGGGGAGUUCUGAUUCUGCUGCUGGCCUGUUUCCCCUGCUGGGCCGUCCUCAUCAACACUGAGCCCCUCUUACUCGCAGUGGAACAGAGUCCGGAGGUCGCCAGUCUCGCCCAGAUGUAUGUGAAAAUCUUCAUGCCUGCUCUCCCGGCUGCUUUUAUGUACCAACUGCUUGGGAAGUAUCUACAAAAUCAGGGAAUUAUGUGGCCUCAGGUUAUAACUGGAGCAAUUGGAAAUGUCUUCAAUGUUGUCAUCAACUACGUCUUCCUCUAUCCCCUGGAGCUGGGUGUUGCUGGAUCUGCAGCAGCCAAUGCCAUGUCACAGUAUUUGCUGGCUUUGUUCCUAUGUGCUUACAUCUGCUGGAAGGGUCUACACAAAGCCACAUGGGGAGGUUGGACGCUUGACUGUCUGCAAGAGUGGGGUCUCUUCAUCAAGCUGGCUAUUCCCAGUAUGCUCAUGAUUUGCUUGUCCUGGUGGAUAUUUGAAAUCGGAGGAUUCCUGGCUGGUGUGAUAAGUGAGGUUGAGCUGGGAGCUCAGUCCAUAGCAUACCAACUCUGCAUUGUAGCUUAUAUGAGCCCACUGGGAUUCUCUGUUGCUGCCAGUGUGAGAGUUGGAAAUGCUCUUGGUGCAGGAAAUCCAAAGCAGGCCGUGCUAUCGUGCAAAGUCUCUAUCAUCUGUGCAUUGGCAGUUGCCUGUUUGGUUGGGGCUUUCAUCAUCUCUACCAAGAACGUCAUUGGCUACAUUUUCACCUCCGAGCAAGACAUCAUUCAGAGGGUUGCUGAUGUCAUGCUUAUAUUUGGAUUCAUGCACAUCUGUGAUGCCAUUGCGGGCGUGGCUGCAGGUGUUCUUAGAGGUGUGGGGAAACAGCUGAUUGGUGCUUUGUGUAAUUUUGUUGCAUUCUACUUCAUUGGCUUCCCCAUUGGUGUGUCCCUGAUGUUCGCAGCAAACAUGGGGAUUGUAGGACUUUGGACAGGACUUGUCAUUUGCCUCUUACUUCAGAUGAUAUUUUACGUCACUUUUUUGUGCAAACUUGAUUGGAAAAAGGCUUCAGAAGAUGCUCUUGUGAGAGCAGGGGUUCACAUCACAAAGGAAAAUGCAACAGCUGAGCUGGAACACUCAGAUUCACAUCAGAGUCAGGCCCAGGUCAGUGGAGCUGAGUCUGCGUGUUUGAGUGCUGAGGGAGGAAACACAGACCCAACUGUAGCCAGUUCAGGCAGUAGAGCCUUCACCACCACCACAGUGGGAGAUGUUCUGUCUGUACCACAGUUGGCUGUAUGGCGUGGUUUGGCAUUAAUAAUCAUGAUCAUCAUCCUUCUUGCUGGAAUAAUCAUCAGUCACUUUCUAAUGAAGCUGUUAAAAUGAUGGAUUUUUGAGUGUCAUAGGGCUGCUCAUCAGCUUGACCAUACUGAGAAUCUACUCCAGUCUUCAGCUCUGUGCAGCUUCCAGAAACUCUUUGAUUUCCUGGUCUGCAGCCCUCUCAUAUUUUCUUUACUGCACACCAAAAGAGCGGAUGCUAACGUCAGGCCAAAUUCACAUUUAGAAUUUCUUGUAUCAGGUAUCAAAACCCAAAGACUGUAUACAAAAGAUGGAUGAUGCUUUCAGGUCUGAAAUGUGAUACCUAAAGUGUGAUACCUAAAGUGUCUUACAUGUGCAUUCUCUAUAACAGACAGCAGCAAGCAAUUCUUCUGCUUGUUCUGCUUGCCCCAGUAAACAUUUUCUCACCUGUGGCUCUGUCACAGGUGUUACAUCUUAUUAAAUACAACAUCAUGUUCACUUAGGAAAUUAUGGUCCCAUUAGCAUCGCAAAGGAAAAAGGCAGUUAUGCACUUCACUGUAUGAGUAUACAGUCUCACUUGGUUUCUUAGUGAGUCACCACUCAAUCCUUCUGUCAGUUUUCAAAACACGAAGAUUGCAAAGGCUAAAAUGUGAAGCUCUGAGUAACUUGUUUACUAUCCAACAAGGGGCAUCCAGUAUCCAAUUUUAGUAUGCAGUCUAUGAGGAAAUCUGCUUCGUGAGUGAGUGAGUGAGUGAGUUUACUAUUAAUUGUAAGCAAAUGGAAAAUGUGUAUUUUCUGGGUGGAAACAAGGAACUUAAACGUCCACCAGUAACAUUUUAUGCCAGCAUUUUUCACGAGAACAAACAUUUCACUGCACAAUGUCUUCUUAUAUCUUCCUUUUGCUUCAAAAGACCAUACUAUGGACUUUUUUUUUAAAAAUAGAUGUAUCAGAGAGAUCUUUAUUUUCAUGAUCGGUUUAGGCUUUAAACGAAUAGAUGAAGGUCUGUUUAGUCAGUGUUGAGACUUUGCUGAACAAAUACAUUUUUGAGUGAUCUGCCAUUCUUUUCUAUUUCCUCUGUUGUUUUGAUGUUUUUGAGUUCCUUCUGUUGGAAAUCUGAAAAUAAAGAGUUUACUGUUUAAUAGUGAAGCAUUAAACAAUCACAAACUUGUAGCCAUACUGGGUGGCUUUUAAGUGUGAGCGUGUAUGAAUAAAUAACUCCUGAACAAAAAGAGGCUUUUCAUGAAGCAAGCUUCAAAAAGUUGGCUUAUGUAGGGAAAUUCCACAUUAACAGCAGCUCCAUAAAACCCAUUUAGAAAUGACUGUAGGUCAUCAGUCUCAUCUCUGGGACAAACAGAGGUCUCAUCAAUUCACAAUAAAGAAACCUGA